CCAUCAGGUGGAGUGGAGGUGUAAGUGGAGGGAAUAACAGGUUUGGUUCAGCUGCCGAACAAAGACAAACUUGUGUGUGUGCUGUUUGCUGGAAUCGUCCUGCCCAACUCUGGAACCAAACCGGCCAAGGCGCACGCUUUAAUUCAACCAAACCAACCAAAUCUUCAACCCUCCCCCAUGGCUUCCCGAUGGAGAACGAAGACCUCGGGUGGGGCCCGUAAGUCUGGCGGCGGCGGCGUGAGAGCAGCCGGCCAGGCGCGCCCCUCCCUGGGGCCCGCGGGCGAGGGCCUGGACCCCGCAGACCGGCGGGACAAGCUGGAGGUCUUCCUGCAGGACUUCGACAGGGAAGUGUUGGCUCGGAAGCAGCAGAUCCAGACCCUGACCAACUCCGUGCUGGAAGGGCUGAACAUGUGCUACUCGCUGCGCAUCACUUUGCUGCCACCACGCGUGCGGGCCAUGACCCUGCAGGAAUUCAAAGCUACGAGUCUUGGGAAUGAGCAAUUGGAGCCUCCACUUGAGGAACUGCUGGAGGCUGAUCUGGUGCUGGACAAGGCGAUGCGGCUAAGGGGAAAACGCGUAGGCGGUGUUAAGCUGGCGAAAAAAGUGGCGGUGCAGGGAUCGAGCGGAGGAGCGACCGCAGAAGAAGAAACGGAGAAGCUUGCGGCCCAGGAGGGAUGCAGUCUGCGCAAGAGAGGUUCUUCACGCAAGCUCCCUGCUGACAAAGUUAAGGCCUCUCUUGUCACCAACCCAAAGAAAGAAAGAAGCUCCCAGAAAAUGUACAGUGGUUACUCGACUGGGAAAUUUAAGAGUGGACUGCACAGCAAAUCGGCGUCAUCAUUAGGGGUGCACACACCACCUGUAUUUGAUCCCAGGUUGGCCCGUACGCCCCACAUGUACAGAACGCGCGCGGGAUCAAAGCUCCUGCGCGACUCCAUCCGAUUGAGUGGCACCACCGUGGACAAUGGAGAAGGAAAGACGGGCAUGUCACAGGACAAACUCUCCGUCCUCUGCCAAAAGCCUGGCUCCAGUCAGAGCUAGCCAGCACUGGGCCCAUGGCCACCUGCCCUGUCCAUGCCUUUCUUGGCUCGGCUGAAGAUGAGCCAGGAGAAGGAACAGUUCUUACCCUCAACCACCCCCAACCCACACCACCUUACCACACCCCCCUCCAACCCACUCGCUGCUGUUGGCCUCUGUUUUUUUGGACCCUUGUGCUCAACUGGUCCGGAGAGACAUGCAGGAGUGGAAUGCAAUACCAUGAAAAAACGGCUGGUGAAGGAGCACUCGCAAUUACAUUUUGUUCUCCGACUUCCUGCCUUGUAAUUAUUUUAACUAUAUUACGUGAUUUAAAAUUAGAAGUGGUAACACGAUAACUGUUGGUGUGUCCGUUAUAAGUGUUGCGUUACUUGCUCACUUUUGUCUACAAAAGCAAUUUUAAGCAGGUUGUGAAUGCGAACAAUAUUUGAAAAAUGCCACUACACUUGAAAAAUAUCACUGCGGUACUCCACGAAGCAGUGCAGUUUUGCCUGGAAGGCACUUGAUCACAUCGGUCGAACGAAAGUGGGAAAAAUGCUUGAAUCAUUAACCAUUUCCCUACUUUGUAACACUGCUCCCUUUCUGUUUUAAUUUCAAGUGUAUGAGAUUUUGGUGUUUUGUUGUAAGCGAUCGAGCGUGCGUGUUUUUUGCAUAUAUACAAAUAAAGGUUUUUUUUUUUAAAAA